AUGAGUACUCAACGCAGUCGAUUUUAUGAGAACUUGUCAUGUGAAAAACUAAACACAUAUCGAUGUAAAUUAGGAUCAUUGAAGCUUCUAUUCGUCGAUGAGGUGUCACUUGUUCAGGAAGGUCUCUGGGGCGCAAUGCAUUCUCGACUGAAUCAAAUAAUGGGAAUUCAUUCGAAUUCAGUUAUUUUCGGCAAUGUUGGUGUCAUUGCUAUUGGUGAUUUCUAUCAAUGUGCACCAGUCGCGUCUUCGAGUAUUUAUUCAUCAUUGUUAUGGACAGAUCAUUUUGAAUUUGUUGAAUUAACAGCUAAUCAACGUCAAAAAAAUGAUGGAUGUUUUGCUCAAAUGCUAAAUCGUAUACGUCAAAUGAAAAAAAAAUCUGUAAUGGUAAAAGAAGAUCAACAUAGUCUUGAAAAAUGUCAUGAACGUUAUGUAAACAAUGAGUAUCAUCCAGAGGCAUUACAUCUAUUUUCUAAAAAUGCUGAUGUAGAUGCACACAACGAAAAAAUGAUUGAUUUAAUUUGUACUAAUAUCAAAACUAUUUACGAACUUGAUCGAAAAGGUCAAAAAAUAGAACCUAAAACGAAAAGAUAUGGUAAACAAUUGUAUAAACCACUACGACUUGCAAAAAAUGCUCGUAUUAUGUUAACAAAAAAUAUUUCUGUUCAUGAUGGCUUAGCGAACGGUGUUACUGGUCGAAUAUUCGAUUUUGUUGAAAAUAAUGAUAGACAAAUCUCUCGAAUAUUGAUAAAGUGUGACUCAGUCAAAGCUGGUGUCGAUCAUCGUAGAAGUUGUAGUACUUGUAAAAAACUUGGAACUAUAUGUGUUACGCGUGAGAACGAUUGUAUUGAUACCGAGGAGUCCGUGUCAAAGUCAACCGAAUCAAACAAACAGUUUCCGUUACGUUUAAGUUGGGCAGUGACUAUUCACAAAGCACAAGGAAUAACUGUUGAUGAAAUUGUAAUAAGUUCAAAAAAUUUAUUUGGUAGCGGCAUGGGAUAUACAGCUCUCUCACGUGUUCGAACAAUCAAUGGAUUGUUUCUAAUUGAUUUGCAUUUCGAUAAAUUUUAUUGCGAUGAAAAGGUUGAAAAAGUGUUAUUACAAAUGAAACCAAUGGAAAAAAAAUGUUCAGUUUUUCAUGAUAGAUCAACUUUUCUGAAUGUCACGUUUCACAACAUCGAAGGACUGCAAUCGAAUUUUAAAGCGUUAAAGAAUCAUCAUCUACUAAGCAAAGCAGAUAUAAUUUGCUUGGCAGAAACAUGGUUAGACAACACGAAUAUGAUUAAUGAAUAUGAUAUCGAGAAUUAUAGAUUUAUUCAUCGUGAUCGAACUUCAUCAUUUAAAGUUGAUCAUCCAUUACAUUUACAAAAACGAGGUGGAGUCGGUAUUUACAUUAGAAAUGAUAUUGCAAUUAAAACAAAUUUCUCAAAAAGUCAACUAAAUCUCGAGUAUGUCGCGGUUGAACUUCAAGACGAUUUGAUUAUUAUAGUUUGUUAUCGGUCGCCAACACAAAAGAAAAAACAAUUUCUCACAAGUCUUUUUGUCAUUCUCAAUUCAUUAGACAUGCAUAAGAAAAUUUUGAUUAUUGGUGACUUCAAUGAAGAUAGUUCUCGGAAUGACUGUAAAACAAUUGAAAUAAAAAUGACUGCAAUGAAAUUUCAGAAUAUAUUUCAAAAUAUUCCUAGUACAAAUAAUUUAACUUGUCUCGAUUGUGUAUAUUCGAAUUUUCUAUUUGAUAUAGAACAUCAUGAAUCAAUAACAGAAACAUUUUAUAGUUUUCAUGAAGCACUUAGCUUUUGUUUUAAAACUAAACACAGUAAUGAUGACAUUUCUAUUCACAAUGAAUCUAUUAAUGAAAAAGAUACCAGUAUCGAGAACUUCGUUUCAUGUAACAUAGAAUGUGACACAAUAAUAAAAACUGCAGAAAAAAGAAAAAGAAAAUCAAAUGAUAUUCAUCAUGCAAGCAAGAAAAUGAAAACCUGUGCGCAACAGAAAAAAUAUAACCUAAUAUUUCCAACGAUAGGUUCAGAUCUUUCAUUUCUUCACACAUUGGAUUUAACUGUUUCAAAGACACGUCGUUCUUUUUAA